AUGUCUACAGUCAGAAAAGCAACCCAUUCUGGAAGCUGGUACACAAACUUAGGAUCGGAGCUGUCACGUCAGCUGGAUCGCUGGCUGGGUGCUGCAGAACUUUCUCAUGGACCAGCUCGUGCAAUUAUUGCGCCGCAUGCGGGUUAUACCUACUGUGGUGCGUGUGGUGCCUUUGCCUAUCGACAAGUCAGUCCCGCCGUUGUGAAACGAAUUUUCAUAUUAGGUCCAUCACAUCAUGUACGCCUGCGCGGCUGCGCUUUGUCUACUGCUAAGGUGUAUAAAACUCCACUAUAUGAUCUCACGAUUGAUACUCAAAUCAAUGCAGAAUUAGAAAAGACUGGGCACUUUUCGUGGAUGGACAUGAAAACAGAUGAAGAUGAACAUAGCAUUGAAAUGCAUUUGCCAUAUAUAGCGAAAGUAAUGGAGGAUUUUAAAGAUCAGUUCACGAUCGUGCCAAUUUUAGUCGGUUCUUUGAAUCCCGAUCAGGAAACUUUAUAUGGUGAUCUCUUAGCAAACUAUUUUACGGAUCCACAAAACCUCUUCGUGAUAUCAUCGGACUUCUGUCAUUGGGGACAUCGCUUCAAUUAUACAUAUUACGAUCGGUCGUGUGGUCAAAUUCACUCAUCCAUUGAGAAGCUUGACAAGAACGGUAUGGCCAUCAUCGAGACCUUAAAUCCGAGUGCUUUCACCGAGUAUCUACGGAAAUACAACAAUACAAUUUGUGGCCGUCAUCCGAUCGGUGUGAUGUUGAACUCGGUAAAAGCGUUACAAAAUCAAGGCUACAGUAAUAUGAGCUUUAAAUUUCUCAAGUAUGCCCAGAGCAGUCAAUGCAAGGAUAUGAACGAUUCCAGCGUUAGCUAUGCAUCUGGAUCAUUGGUGUUUGAAGCUUAGAACAUUCAGCAAAAUAAAAAAAAAAAUAUUGCGUUAAUUUGCAAGUACCGACCGACAUACGUACCCAAAUCUCUGGCAGAAUACUUCUACUUUAAAUGAUUUCUUGUAUUUUUUUUUCUAACAAGCUUAUAAUAAUUAAAUUUCACCAAACUAUAUUUCAAUAAAUGUAGACAAGUGUAGCUUAUAACAAACGUGUUUCACUUUUGAACAACUAACUAAUUUAAAUAUUGCACGAAAAAUAUCAAUUCACGGUAUUGUGAUAAAACAGUUCAAAAAUAUAGUAAAUAAAGAGAUCGCUUUUGCAAUGUUUGAUGACA